UUUACCUAUAGCGGGUAGCUUGACCCAAAGUAAUGUUUUGCAUAAUAUUAUUAUAAAUAACUUUUUCUUACAUUUUUUUUACAUUUUUAUGAAUGAAGAUGAUUUGCGUACAUUAUAUACUUUGCUGUAGCAUUGUUUCGAUAUUCUGAUAUCAAAUGACGGUGCUGAAAAGCGUCCGGUCCAAUGAAUAUGUGUCCAUCGUAUAAGCGUAAAUUGCCGCCUGAAUUAUGUUUGAAGGGACAAGUCUAUUUCAUCUGGUCAAGUCCACAAACUCUUCAGAUUGCUUCAGAGAAAAUUCCUGUACUCGGCGGUAGAAUAGAAGCAUUUUUAAGCAAGCAGAUCACAACUAUUCUCAUUGAAAACACUUAUGUUGUUGCUGCUCAACAAUUUUGUAAUGAUUUAACUUUCAGAGCAUCAUAUGCUCCACAUACUAUAGUUGGAUCAAGUUACGGCCAUCCAGGUGUUUUAUAUAAUCUACCCUCAACUUCAAGAGGCUAUAAAUUUUUAACAUCCACAAACACUUCAUCCUAUGAUAAUAUCCUUCUCUUUGCAAGACAAUGGGAAAUUCCAAUCCUAGAACUCAGUAAUUUUUUGUCUUCAAUCGAACCAUUUGUGAAAUCGAUUUCAACUAUAAAUCACACAACUAAGAAGAACCAAAAUAUCUCGAAUCUCACUGGAUGUUUCAUAAAGUUUGAAUGCUAUCAUAAAAAGUUUCGACCAUGUUAUAAAAUGUUUAGUAAUGAUCCUGAACGUUUAAUGCCAUUGAGGAAUGCCAAUGUGUUGAUAAAAGCAGAAAAUUGCAAUGUGAUUUUAGAUAAACCCACUGGACCAAGACAGCUUCAUCCUAAUCAUAUGGACCUAAAUAAUCGAUUACAGUACCGUGCUCAAGAUUCUAAACCAACUGUGAAAGAUAAAAAACUUCCAAAACUGAAACCUAAAGAAGAAAAUAAUUAUUGUGAAUGUUGUAGGACACAUUUCAAUGAUUUGAAAACUCAUAUAAAAAGUGCUAAUCACCAGAAGUUUGUAUCCAAUGAAAAAAAUUACGAAUCUGUCAACAAUAUUCUAAAAAUGUUGCCUUCGCCUCAAGAAUUCAUCCAAAAGCAUCAGAUUCCGGAUCAAGCUUCUAACAUUGUCUUGUUUAAUGGCAAUGUGAUGCAUAAUAAAAAUACUAGUUUGAUGGCAGAUCUCCCCAUUCCUCUUAAUAUGCAUAUUAAAAAUGAAUCUCCUAUUCACUUAAAUGUACAUGACAAACAACCAGAAGAAAUAUUAUUACCUCUCAAUCGGAAUAUUAAAAAAGAUGAAUCUCCUUCGCCUUUAAAUUUGCAUAUUAAUCAAAAGGAAGAAAUCAAACAGGAGUCACCAGCGACUCACAUGGAACCUUCUCCUCUCAGUAAUGAUAACAGUGUUAAAUCUGAAAUAGAUGUUGUAGGAAUAAAGCCAGACUCCCCACUUAACGAUGACAUUGUAGACUGCAAAGAUUUAUGUUUACCCGGAGUAACAAAUGAAUUACUUUUAGAAUCUUGUGCUGUGGAUCCAAUAUUAGAUAAAACAAAUACAGCUACUUUAGCUCAAUUAUGCAUAAAAAAUUUUGAAAAUUGUUGGAUGGAAAAUAUUGAUAAUCUUCCUGACAUGGAUGAUAUGAUGUUUGAUGAUAAUAUUUUUGAUUUUGAUGACUGCAAAUCCAAAGCAGAUGAAAAUGAGUGCCCAGAUCAAGAGAAUUUUUCUCCUGAAAUGAAUUCACCUGCAUUUGCUUCUGGCAUUUCAACAGAUUUAAAGCCUCAGUCAAAUGCCAAUACUUCUAUUCCUGUAAAUAAUGCAAUUGACUUAAAAGAUGCUCAUGUAAAAGUUGAAGAAGCUGUUAAUUCACUUGAUGCUUUUUCUCCUAUAUGUAAGAGAGAUACCAAAUAUCCAAAAUCUUUGUCACCACCCAAUCUUGGCUUUAAUGAAUCGCUAAUCAAUGAUAAAAUAAAUAUCAAUAAAAAUUUUGAUAUGAAAUCAAAUGCCGGUCCAUUUUAUAUUGAUAAAACAAAUAUAAAUGUGAGUCCAUCAUGCUCUAAUCCUAUUCCAGUCAAAGUGUCGGAACAAAUGUUUUCAAGUGAAAGUUCAGAUGAUGAGAAUGAGAAUCUUAUCAGUAAUGCUUUGAAUAUGAUAAAUAGUAAUAGUGAUAAUGAAAUGAAAACUGACAGGGAUAAUUUUGAAGACAUUUCUAAGUCUAUGCUGCAGCAAGAAGAGCAUAUUUCUGUCGGUAAUUUGAAAGAGAGUGGUUCUAGUGAUAUUGAAUUAAAUGGUUUACAGAACAGUGGUUACUCUCCCGUCAGUAAUUUGGGAGCUCGUAAUUCAAUUAAAUGUGACAUUUCUUCUGCAAAUAGCCCUACUUUGCCGUGUGUAUCCAGCCCAAUAAUAAAUGUUGCUGUUUCUAAUCAAAAUAACAAAGAAAUUUCUUAUUCUGAUAGCACUCUUGUAUCUUGUGCAAGUUAUAUUGAGAUGAUGAGUCGAAGUCCUCCUGAAAGAGUUUGUGUAAGUAGUACAGUUUCUAAUCCUGUUGUAAACAUUGAUAUAUCUAACCAAAAUAUCAAAGAGAUGACAUGUGCUGAAAGUAAUGUAAUGCCAGUUAAUUUCUCAAAAAUAGUUAAUCGAAGUUCUGCUGAAGGAAUCAGUACAUGUAAUGCUAUUUCUAAUCCUGUAAUGAACACUGAUUUGUCUACCUGUAGCAUGAAUGAAAUAGCAUCUACUAAUAGUAAUGCAAUGCCUCUUGAUUUUUCCAAGGUGAUUAAUCAAAAUUCUUGUGAAAGAAAUACAGUUUCUAAUCCUAUAAUAAAUGUUGAUGUAUCUGAUCAAAACAUCAAAGGAAUGGCUUGUAUGGAUAAUCAUGCAAUGCCUAUUGAUUUUUCCAAUGCAAGUAAUAAUCAAAAUCCUGCUGGAAAAGUUAAUGCAAGUGAUACAAUUUCAAGCCCUGUAGAUGUUGAUAUGUCUGAUCAAAGCAUUAAAGAGAUGGCUUUCAAUGAUAAUAAUAUCAAUCUUGAUGAAUUUGAAAAUGUGAUUAAUCGCAAUGCUCUUGAAAGAACUAAUGUCUUAGCAUCUGACCUCGCCAAUCAAAACCAAAUGGUAUCAAACAGUUAUCUUGAUGCGAUAAAUCAUAUACGUCAUCAAUUGGAUAAUGAAAUUAGAAACUCUGCAUUUUCUAAUGUAAGUAGUGUCUCCAUGUCAGAUGGUAUUAAUUCACCAGUUGCUAUUAACAGUGCAUUACCCAGAAGAAAUAUGGUAGGAAAUUCCACAUCUGAUAAUGUAGAGAUGAGUUUGAUGAAAAAUACUGAAGGAAUUUGUGUAAAUAAUAGUGAAACUGCUGGUGUAAUUCCUUCAGAAAUUUCAAAUAAAGAUUUGUCUUGUAACAGUGUUUGCUAUCCUUUGCAGACUCAGACUAAUAAUAUAAUGCCAGGAUAUAUCUGCAAUGUUCAACAAACCUGCACAGAAAGUUUUAAACCACUUUCUGUUAGAAAUUCAGUGCAAAACUGUGUGAAGAAGAUGGAUGCUCACUCAAUUUCUAUAAAUAAGAGGAUUUCUGAUGAUACAAGGCACAGAGACUCAUUUUGUGACUACAAUAAGGAAAAAAAUAGUCAAAGUCUAGAAAAAAUGUCUUGCAACUCUUCUGAGCAAGAUGCUCACACAAAGAAAGAAAUAUUAAUGAUGCAGAGUCAUUCGCCAUGUACAAAAGCCCAAUCAUUUGAAGACACACCAAAAACGAAAAUACCUCAUAAAAAGAAUACAAGGAAAUUGCGAAAACUGCCUUCAUUAUGGUCCGUGAGUAUUCUUCCAGGUAAAGGUCUUAAAUUAAAGUUUACAUGCCUUCAACCAGAGUCACUUGUAACGGUCGAAUCAGAUGAGGAAGGUGCACAACCUGUUAAACACCGAGAAUGCAAAUAAUAUUUUAGUACUUUAUUGUAAGUAUUUAUUGCUGUAAAGAUCUGUAUAAAUCUUCAUAAUUAUUUGAACAGUUUAACAAGUAGAAUUUAAUAUCGGUGAUUGUGUUAUUCAUUAUACAGUCCUUUUCUGAUAAUAAAGAAAAAAUUUAAAAGGGACAUAUUUUUAGUGUAGUCAGUGCUUCUCUGAACUUUUUACUGGAAGUAAAAUGUUAAAUAUUUUUUAUAAAUUGUGUGUUUUUCAAGUACUUGUGGAUAAUACAGAUAUCAUUCUGUGAAGAGUUUUUAUUAUAUACAAAACUAACUGAAUGCCAAAUCCUUCCUCCCAGUAAUUUCUGUUUUCAAAAUAAACAAAUAAAUUGUG